ACUGGAUGACGAUUUGCUGCUUGCUCUCCUCGUGUGUUGACAAGUGUUUAAAAUUAUGAAGAACGAGUUAUUGUGGCCCAGGAGUGUUAUCAGAUAUUUGUGCGAACUGAUAGAAGGGCACAGAUUCCUCUGGGACCCACAAAAUGUGGACUAUCCCAAGCAUAAACUCAGAUUGAAAGUGUUUGGUGAGAUAGCCCAGGAAAUCAAGGCUCAAUACCCAGCGAUGACCACUUUGACUGCAGUGUUUUUCAGGGAUCCUACGGUGCCUAGAGCUGUGCACGUGUGUUGCUGUGACUUUGGUGUCAAUAAAUUGCUGAAGAUCUUAGAGGUGUACAGAAGAGCCUGUAUCUCACACAGCAAGAGAGAAACUGGAAAUAUAAUGGCAGAAGAGGAAGAUUCUGUGAGGUUUAAAGGAGCUGCAUUGCACAGUCACUCAGUACAAGAUGCUACACUGCUGCAAGUUUGGUGUGUAGCACCUGUGUUCCUCUCUGCUGGACAGGCAUGGGUGGUUGGCUCAUGUAGGCUAGUGUCUCACCAUGCCUGACACACUGCCAGGUGGGGGCAGGGGUGGCAGGAGUGAGGAGCACCACUGGAGGGAUCCAAAACCAGUUGGUGAUGGCUUAAUGGAAUUGGUGUGGACUAACUCAAUCAUUAGCAGUGUGCUCUGAUUGCUUAAUCUAGAGUAUUUUAUUCUUUUCUGUUAAGUGUAGUGUCAUAUAGAACUCUUUUCAUGGCAGUGAAGAGCAGCCACACACACUGUUUUAUAUUGUAUUGUUAUAUGAAUAUAUGAAUAUAUUAUAUGAAGUUUACGGACUGAUGGUUUCAAAGCUAUUCUUUUUGACAUUGUUCUUUAUUCCUUUUUUUAUUGGGACUUGCAAAAAAAUGCUAACUUGAUGGGGUGUUUCUAAAGUUCGUGUAGAGUCAUUAUGGAACUUUAAAAUGAGAUUAGAGAAAUUUAUGGAAAGUGAAGAUGAUGAUGAUAGGUGGAGAAGGUAGACAUGUUUCAUGCAGGGACUGCCACGUGUAGGCCUGGUGGCUUCUUGCAGCAUCCCUUUUCAUAUGUUCUUAUUAUUGCUGCAAAUGAUAUAUCUCUCCUUACUUUGAUAACUAUGUGCUCACUGUUCCUCUCCACCAGUGUUUUGUAAAGCUGUUCGUUCCUCCAUGGAGUAGGUGAUGGGUGGUGGUGAGGCUUGCCCUUCAUACCUCCAUCACCUCUGUUGUGUAGCGAAGCCUCCACAAAUAAGUGUGCUUUUUCAUAACACUAUAUUAAUGUAUUUACUCUCCUAAUGGUAAGGUUAUUAAAUAAUGUAAGGGAAAUGUCUGUUUGUGUAUAAUUCUGGUACCAAAGUAUCUUAUUAUGUUUUAAGGACAUGAGCAUUUCUUUCAAUGAGUUGCUUCCUUUGUAUUUCUUUGUCCAUUGCUUUGUUUGCUACUUUUGUUUUGUAUUCAUGUACUCUGAUCACAUCCAUUAUUACAAUCUCAUGCUUUAUAGGAGCAGAUUGCUUAUCUGUUGCUGCACUGCCUUUCCAUUUUCUUCAGCCUAUGCUCUCUUUCCACACUGUCCUUAGCCAUCCAUCCUGCAUGUCUUGCCUUGAUUGGUUCUAUCCGUUCCAGCACGUCCCUCCUCACAGCCGAGUUGCUCAUCGCCUUGCCUUCUUCCAACCCUGAUGUGGAAGUGGCAGGAAUAUUGGAUGUGACUAAUGCACUGGUCUAUCAGGAA